UAUUUAGUUCUUCGUCAAUUUUGACAGCAUAAUUAUUAUUUGUGUGUGUGUAUGGAAGAGUGACUUUUGGUGGCCUUGGUGUGUUGCUUCAGAGAGAUUUCCCCAGUUUUCGAAAAUUCGUGUGAAAUAAAAACCCCCAAUUCACAAACCCUAGAUUCUCUCGCUUCCUCUUGAUCCGUGUUUCCCUUCAUAGCUCCAUUCAUUGAGACGACGGUGCAGAUUCGAUUCCGUUUGAGCUGAAUUUUGUAGAUCAGAUCGCAAUUUAGGUGAACUUGAGCAAGCUUGAGCUCUCUUGAAUCUGAAACAUUCGAAUUGAUGGAAUGAUUUGAGGAGGAGAGCGAUGACUGGAUUGGGCGUUCGAUCCAGUAGCUAUGGUUCCUUGGACAAGACGGGACUCAACGGCGUCGUUUUGCCUAUCCAGACUGCGACUACUACGAUACGUACCAAACCGUCUAAGAUGCACAAGGAGAGGGAAGGUGUCGUACACUGGAUCUGCAAAUUCGCUGGUCGUAAGAAGGUUGGCAUGUUGCUCCUCUUCUUAAUCUCCGCCGUCGUCUUCCUUCGCGUCCUCUUCGUCGGCAAAGGUGAAGAUGGCCAGGAAGUUCAAGUUCCUCCGAGUCUGCAUUUCAAUGGCAGUUCAGUUGUAAAUCAUUCCAGCAUGUUUAAUGAAGAGCAAAACAUCAACAUUCGCAAUAUUUCUUUUAAUGUUGUAUUUUCCCCUCCUCCUCCUCCUCCUCCUAUGCAUUUUCUUGGCUAUACGCUUCCUCAAGGACAUCCUUGUCACACUUUCACCUUGCCUCCCCCACCUGCCGACAGAAAAAGAACUGGACCUCGCCCAUGCCCGGUGUGUUACCUUCCAGUAGAAGAAGCUAUUGCCUUGAUGCCAAGUGCCCCGUCUUUUUCCCCUGUUCUUAAAAACUUAACGUACAUAUAUGAAGAACCUCUAAACAGAGACACAGAGUUUGGAGGGUCUGAUUUUGGUGGUUAUCCUACUUUGAAACAUAGGAAUGAUUCUUUUGACAUUAAAGAAACUAUGAAUGUACAUUGUGGGUUUGUCAAAGGGCCACAACCUGGUCGAAAUACAGGUUUUGACAUGAAUGAGGCUGAUCUUCUUGAAAUGAAGCAGUGCCGUGGGGUAGUUGUUGCUUCAGCUGUAUUUGAUGCUUUUGAUGAUGUAAAAGCCCCACAAAAUAUCAGUAAAUACUCGGAGGAAACAGUUUGCUUCUACAUGUUUGUUGAUGAAGAAACUGAAUCAAUUUUGAAGAGAGAACGAGGCCUUAACGACACCAAGAAAGUAGGGAUAUGGAGAGUUGUUGUUGUUCAUAAUCUCCCUUAUUCCGAUGGAAGGCGCAAUGGAAAGGUGCCAAAGCUUCUUGUUCAUAGGAUGUUUCCAAAUGCUCGCUAUUCUUUAUGGAUUGACGGAAAACUUGAGCUUGUCGUCGAUCCAUAUCAAAUUCUUGAAAGGUUCUUAUGGAGGAAAAAUGCUACGUUUGCGAUCUCAAAACAUUAUAGAAGAUUUGAUGUCUUUGUGGAGGCUGAGGCAAAUAAAGCUGCUGGUAAAUAUGAUAAUGCCUCCAUCGACUUUCAAGUGGAUUUCUACAAGAAUGAAGGGCUAACCCCUUAUUCUGUUGCUAAGUUCCCAAUCACAAGCGACGUUCCGGAGGGCUGUGUCAUAUUAAGAGAGCAUGUUCCCAUUAGCAACCUAUUCACUUGUCUUUGGUUCAACGAAGUAGACCGAUUCACUUCUAGAGAUCAAAUCAGUUUCUCAACAGUAAGAGACAAGAUUGCUGCAAAAACAAACUGGACAGUAAGCAUGUUCCUUGACUGCGAGAGACGCAAUUUUGUAAUUCAGAGAUAUCAUCGAGCAGAACAAGAGAGAUUCGCAAGGCAAAAGCCUCCAGUGCCUAGUUUUUCUCCCCCACCGCCGUCACUGCCUACACCAGUUUUAAUCAGCAGCGAUUUACCUAGAAAAGUCUCGAGUGGAAGAGCGGGUAGGACAUCGCCGCCUAGGAGGCGGGGAAGAGACAGACGGUCCGGUGCAAGGGGUCACAGGAAAGCUAAUUUGCCUGUAAGAUUACCAGAUUCAGCUUAAGACUGAAAGAGUCAGUCCCUUGCACAGAGGUUGGUUAUUCUAUAUGGUCACUCUCAUCACCAAUUACACGUUCAAAAUUUACCACACACAGUAUGUUCUUUUUUGUUUUGUUUUGUUUUGUUUCUCUAUUGAUUCUUAAGGAUUCAAAAUCAUUUUUUAAUGUAUAUAUAUACACAGACUUUGGCUGAAACUAUAAAAAAAGUGGAACGUAAUGAUCUUCUACCAGACGAAUAUUUCAGAGAAUAUUGAACAGCCAGUUUUUACACGUUGAAUUGAUGGAUUUUGAAAGAGUAAUUUUUUCACUACGAGAUGGAACUUGUAGGUCUUUAAGAGUAUUUAAAGGGAGUCUUAGACCAUAAUUAACGGAGUGUCUUAAGUGGGGUUUUUAGUUUUAUUAAGUUUUAAAAAAAAAGAAAAUUAACAUUAAUGUGAAGAAGCGCUUUUUAUUAGGGGCCAUUAAGAGUCGGGUCUUGUGGACACGUGCCCUUUUGCGCGUUCUUCUCUUUCUUUCUCGAGAAAGAAUCAGAUGUCGUCUCGUCUCUCUCCCUCUCUUCCACGACGCCUUGUCUCUCGAGCUUUCCUUGGCGACUCUGCAUGUGUUUCGAUCGGAUGGCUCUCCUCGGCGUCUCCGUCGGUGGACUCUUCGUCACUCUUGCUCUCCUCCACGGGUCUGCGUCUCUCUAUCUCUCCUCGACGACUCUGCUUCUCCGCUUUUGAUAUCUCGGUGGCGAUCCUCGACGGCUCAUCGACGACUCUGCAUGUGUGGUUUUGAUCUCUCGGUGGCUCUCCUCGACGGCUCCGCGUCUCUCUAGCUCUCCUCGACGGCUCCGCGUCUCUCUAGCUCUCCUCGACGACUCCGCCUCGGCGCGUUUAAUCUCGCGGUGGCUCUCCUCGACGACUCCGCCUCUGCGCUUUUGAUCUCGCGGUGGCUCUGAUCGACGGCUCCUCGACGACUCCACCUCAAGUGCCUUUUGAUCUCGCGGUGGCUCUCCUCGACGGUUCGUCGACGAAGAAAAGCAGAGACGUCUCUCUCCGUGGCUCUCCUCGGCGGAAUCAAAACGGCGAGUGUUGAUGAUUCGGCGGAAUCAAAGGGAUCAGGAGACAUGCUUGGAAGGUCUAAGCAGAGGACUACACCUAGCGAGAAGUUCCAAUUGCAAAACAGAGACCAAAUGAUUUGGUCAGGAACAAAAUACAUCUUCACUUACCAUAUUGGGAUUUGUUGGGCUCUCCCUCAUGUCCUGACUAAUCAUGGUAUCGUUUUUGAGCCAGAAGGAAACUGUGGUUAUGGCUCCUCUUCCUCUAGCAACUCCCACGACAGGAAGAAUAUUGUGUCUAAGCUGUUACCUCUGUAAGCUAAGAGAGAUACAUAAACUGGACAUUGGUGCUUUACUUGGGAUGAAUUUCUCUUCUCCUGCAGCUCAAGAAUAUUGGAUUUUACUGUUAAUUAUUGUACAUGUAUACUGCAGCACAACUUUAUCGUGUGAACAAUACAAUAAGGAUGUCAUCAGAUUUUAUAAUUUUUCGGUUUCUGUAGAA